AUGGCUUCGCAGCUUUUGCCCCUCGAGCUUAUCGACAAGUGUGUCGGCUCCCGGAUCUGGGUGAUCAUGAAGGGCGACAAGGAGUUCUCCGGCACUCUGCUCGGGUUUGACGACUACGUCAACAUGGUUUUGGAAGAUGUCACCGAAUUUGACUACACCGGUGCUCAAAUCAAGCUUCCCAAGCUUCUCCUGAAUGGAAACAACGUCUGCAUGUUGAUUCCCGGCGGCGAGGGCCCUUCUGCCAGCGCAUGA